AUGGCUCUACACGCAAGCACUAUUUUCGCUCGCUCGCCUUCUGCAAUUUCGUCCUACCUUUCUCGCUUACCCAAAUCCCUAUCCACCCACCCUCUGCUCUUCACAAUCUCUGCCAACGCACCUCAAUCCUCCCUCUCAGCUCUUGUUUCUACUUUGACGUCUUUCUCAUUAUGCCAAAACAUUGGAUGCAUAUCAGCCCCAAUUCCCUCUGCUGCCACACAGGACCUCAUAGCAUGUUCAAUCGCGUUCUUCGACAAAGAUACCACCAUUCCAUUUAGAAGUGAUAUACCUGGAAGGACGCCAACACAGGUGGGGAGGUGGCACGCAAUGCGGAAGGUCGGAAAUGCAGAGGAAGGAAAGGGCAAAGAGGAUGUGGCGCCGGGGGCCGAGAAAGGAUUGGGCAAGGAUGUGGAUUGGGAGGAUAUGUGGAGUAGAAAUGCAGGUGACGAUAAAUUACCGCCAGAUUUGAGGCGUGCAAAGAAGGAGAAUGUGCAUACUAUACUCGCCUUCACGGACAACGCAUAUCAAGGUCUCUUUAACUCGCUCAGUGCAUUUCCUAACGCUACCACGGUAGGCCUUGUAGGCGCAUCUACGCCGUUUGUGACCGGCCGGCCUUAUACCCUCCUACACGACAAGUCCAUCCACUCAACUGGUGCUAUCGGUCUUGCAUUGACUUCUCCAUCCAAACCACACGUCAAUACUAUAUUCUCCGGCUUACGGCCAAUAACGCUGCCGUUGACCGUGACACGCUCGGAGGGAAAUCUUGUCCAUGAACUCAACUCAAAAAAUCCUUCCAGCCUCCUACUCUCUGCGAUCAACGAUAGCGGUCUCGACAAACAGGUAGCAAAAGAUGAUACAUUUUAUCUUUGCGUUCUCAAUGGGGAAAAGCCGCACGAAGUUUACAGUAUCAUGUCUGGCGAUCCAUCACGCGGAACUAUAUCUCUCGAUUCCGAUGCUGCACCUGCGGAGGGCAGUACUGUCCAGGUCACCUCUGUUCCUUUACUUGUUUCUGCGCCUUCUGACGACCUCUAUUCAUCCCUUCCCACCGUGAUACAGAUCUUUCACCGGUCAAAAAACACACCCAUCCAAGUCCCCUCCUCUUUCCUCCAGCCACAUUCCAUGAGCAACACCCUCGCCUUCCUCACCUGUUCUCACGACAUCGACCUCGAGUCCGGUGCCGACACGUCCUUGGACGCCACAGAAGAUGUCCAGGUUUAUCCGAAUACAUUCUUGGCAGGGAGCGAGAAUGGAUUUGUGUUGAGAAGACCGGGAACAGGCGAGAAGGAUAAGAGUGGAAGGUGGAGUUGUACGGUCCCCAAUGGUCUCGUCAGUUUGACUUGGUCUCAACUGGCUGGGGGUAGGUAA